UCGACUUUCUUGUUGCAGUAGUAUUAAUAUGUGAGGGGAAAAUUGAUGCCUUUCUUCCUUGCAAUCUUGAGAACCGUCCCUUCGAGAGAUUUGUCAGUUAUAGAUCUGUCACCGUCAGAUGUAUUUAAUGAAAAAUAUUUUUACUUCUGAGUCUGUAACCAGGAGUUGAACAUAGUAGUCAGUUGAAGUGACAACACUUAUAACACUUUAAUCAAAUUUCACAGUUCUUUCCCUAAAUCAUGUAGGAGUGAGGUAGAUUCUGCUUUUGAUAUUGACGGUAAUCUAUACAAAAAACAUUAAUGACGCGGAAGAGAAGACUGCCUGAGUUUAUAGAUCUUAACUAUUCUUUCUUUCUUUUUUUAAUCUCCAGGCAGCAACAGAAGCCAACUGGGAAGAGGAGUGCAGUAGAAGUAGCGGAGCGCCGAGCACAGGCCGAAGAAGCCUUUCAAAUUUGGCUGUCAAGGAAGAAAGACCAGUUGCGCCUUGAGAAAAAACUGCGUGGUGAGCGACGGCGCCUCGAGGACCAAAGUCGCUAUGCUCGAACCAAAAACGAGUGUGAACUAGCAUAUAAGGAAUGGUGUCGUCGCAAGCGGGAAGAGGUGCGGACCACAACUCGCUCAAGCGGUGCUGUACCCCGCUCUCAGUCACUAGAGCGGCCAUGGAUGCAGGAAAAGACCCGGAAACUGUAUUCAGCUUAUCUCAACAACCGCUAGAUUCUUUUUUGCUGCCGCCAGAAACUGUCAUUUCCAAGCAACUGUAAAAGAAAAAAAAAUAACAAUGAAAUAAAACAAGGUUUUUC